AUCAUGUAAAGGGAUAAUUAUCUAAUCAAGCUCACCAAGAGUCUUUUCAACAAAAGAAAAAUUACUCACCGAAAGUCCUGUGAUUGCGAUACUAACUCUUCUCAUUAAGUAUGUAUUGAAUCUUUGAUUUGAUCAUUAUUGGUACAUAAUCCUCUGUCACUAUGGAAUAUAUCACAUGUGGAAGAGUCCCAGAGAGCACGGAAUCAACAACGAUUAUAUGUUCCGAACUUCGAUAAUAUAUCUUCAUCUAAAAUCUUAAGAUAUUAGAUAUACGAAUAAUCACUUUUAUAUAUUCAACAUUUAACUUAUUUUUAAUCAAUAUAGAACUUAACCACUAUACUUGAACUCAACUCCACUUAAUAUAUACAAGGGCAGUAAAGAUUGAUUGCCUAAGCUAAUUGAGAGAAUAUGGAGAGUAAAAACCAACUCCAAAUUUCAAAUUCAGGGCAAGAUAGUGGAGAAGGUACCAAUUUUUUCAAGACAUGUUUGAAUGGACUCAAUGCCUUGACAGGUAUUGGGAUACUCUCAAUGCCAUAUGCAAUUUCUCAAGGAGGGUGGUUGAGUUUUAUUCUGCUGAUUAUAUUUGGUAUGAUGUUUUGCUACACAGCAUUGCUUCUAGAAAAGUGUAUGAAAUUACAUCCACAAAUCAAAUCUUAUGCUGAUAUAGGUGAGGUUGCGUUUGGGUAUAAAGGGAGAACCGUGAUAGCUAGCUUCAUAUACAUAGAGGUAUUUUUAGUUGCUAUUGAGAUACUUAUAUUAGAAGGUGACAAUUUGGAGAAGCUAUUCCCAAAUAUGAGAUUCACAUUCUAUGGCCUUAAAAUUGGAGGUAAAAGAUGUUUUAUCCUACUUAGUGCUUUGGUAAUACUGCCCACAACAUGGUUGAGAAGUUUGGAAGCUUUGGCCUAUAUAUCUAUUGGUGGGGUAGUUGCUUCUGUUAUUUUAAUUGGUUGUGUUGUGUGUGUGGGUGAAUUUGAUGGUAUUGGGUUUCAUGAAAAUGGUGAGUUAGUAAAUGUGGGAGGAUUGUCUACUUCUAUGAGCCUUUUUGCAUUCUGUUACUCUGCUCAUGCAUUAAUGCCAACUCUAUGCAAUUCCAUGAGUGACAGAAAACAAUUUUCCAAGGUUUUGUUGGUUUGUUUUGUGGCAACCACAUUUAUCAAUGGAACCAUAGCUAUUUUAGGCUACAUGAUGUUUGGAAAUCAUUUGAAUUCUCAAAUCACAUUAAGUUUACCGACAAACUCCAUAAGUACUAAAAUAGCAAUAUAUACCACAAUAAUUAAUCCUUUAACUAAGUAUGCCAUUGUAAUCACCCCAAUAUUUAAAGCUAUUGAGGAUAAAUGGCAUCUAUGUAAAAGGAGGCCUAUUAGCAUUUUUUUUAGAACAAUCAUUGUGGUUAGCAAUGUACUUGUGGCAUUAUUCAUUCCAUUUUUUGGAUAUAUUAUGGUAUUCAUUGGUGCAUUUUUGAGUGUGACAAUCUCAUUAGUGCUCCCUUGCAUUUGCUAUCUAACGAUAAACAAAGCUACUAAGAGAUUUGGGUUAGAGUUGAUCAUCAUUAUGGGAAUUCCGCUAAUUGGUACAUUUAUUGGAAUACAUGGUACCUAUAACUCAGUGGGGCAAAUAGUAAAUGAGAUGAAGCAAUGAAGAUGUAUGUUUAAUGCUAACUGCUAUGAUAAUUUUAAUAUGAAUUUUCAUGAGUUAUAGUAA